AUGCAAUCACCACUGCGACCCUCCAGCAGGGAUACGGUGCGUGAGUCCAUUCUCGCACAACUCGACACUCUGAGGUGCGGCGGGCACCGCGCAAGCGACUGGCUUGGCUCGAACCGGGGAACUUUGCACUCCAACCAUGGGCGGCAGCAGCAGCAGCCGCCGCCGCCGCCGCCGCCGCAAAAGUUGCAACUUUUGCGGCUGCCAAGCUCUCCACAGCACGGGAGUGGGCUAACGCACGGCCGUGCCACCACCGCGUCCUUCGCUGUUGCGCCGCCUGUACCCAACACGCGACGUUUGCCCCCGUUGUUCGCCGAGCAGUGGCACAACACUGCCGAAAUUCAUAGUGUCUGCAAUGGGCUGCAGAGCACCUUGCUGCAGCUUGAUGCCGACUUCGCGCGUGGCGGUGGCCCGGGUGCCCUUGGCGGGAGCCCCCUUGCCUUCGCUGGUGGGGCGGCGCUGAACACCUUGUUGCUACACCAGCAGCAGCAGCGGCGGCGUCGGAAUCGUGGCGCGAGUGCGCAUGGGCGCCGCGACAUGGGCGAUCAGGUGAGCGACGAGAGAGUGCUUCUGGAGCUGGAGGUGCAGCAGCGGAUGGAGGACAUUCAACGCAUCCGCAUCGCUGCUGCUGACGAGGGGCUGAGCGAUGAGCAGUCGGUCAACGACUAUGCGGAGGAGCCUGACGUGCCGCGCUUCGUCCCAGGCAUCCGUCUGCGCGAGGAGGUGGAGGCGAUGGAGGAGUCGCUGCGCAAGAUCAGCGAGAGCAUCGCCACCAUGAUGGCAAUCGAGGAGCGUGACGCCGGCAACCCGUGGUGGAGCUCCGCAAUGCUCACGCGCGAGAUGAAGGCGAGCGGCAUUCGCGCCAACUACCACGCGCGCCGCGUGCUGAAGUGGAACCAGCGCGCCCGUGAGCACUUCCUCGUCGAGGCGGUCGUCACGAACGAGCAGUCGGCGCGGUGCAGGGCGGACAUGCUGUACCUGCGCGAGCAGCAGGAGCUCUUCCUGCGGCGCAUCGAGCUGUGCCACAAGGCCCAGGCUGAGAUCGCGGCGGAGCUGGCGGCGCUGCAGGAGGCCCUGCGCGAGGCGAACCACGCCAAGGGUGAGCUGCAGCAGCAACUUGUCGCACGCUCGCAUGAGCGGCAACUGCUGCCACGCGACUGCGAGGACGCGCUGCGGGCAGAGUUCCUGCUUCUGCUCGACUACGUGGCGUGGCCGGCGGCGCUGCAGGCCGACGCNGACCGCGUCAAGGCGUGGGUGCGUGAGAACGCCGUGCCGCUUGAUGUAUAG